AGGAGGCAAAGCCGCAAAAGAGAAGAAAUCAGAGUGGAAAAAUGAAGACUAUUCCUCUGCUUUUGAUGGGUUGCGGUGGCGUUGGGCGGCAGCUCCUCCAGCAUAUUGUCUCCUGCCGAUCUCUUCACGCCAAACUGGUCGCCAUUACUUAGAAAAAAUCAUUUAUUUGGCGUCGUGAUUUCUUUGUGUAUUCAGAAUCGAGUCCAUUUCGUUGUCGAAGUGAUUUUGAUAAUAUGCUGGAAAACACCAAUAGUUUAAUAAACUGCCUUCCUUGGAUGUAGACAAACCUGAGGAGUUCACUUGAGAGUUGUGGGGGUAUGUGAUAGUAAGUCGUUGAUUGUUGUGUCGGAUGAGUUGUCAAUGGAGUUAGAUGACGAGUUUCUAUUGGAAGUUUGUCGAGUCAAGUUGAGUGGUUCUUCUCUCCUGACACUCUGCAAUUCUGGUCAGUUUCAAGCACUCACCAAUUCAGACUCAACAAGGAAAGUUAUAGACAUUGCAGCCGUUCUGGGUAAAUCAUUAGGUCUGGCUUUAGUAGAUUGCUCUGCAAGUUCAGGGACUAUUGGAGUAUUAAAACAAGUGGUUGAUUUGGGCUGUUGCAUUGUCCUGGCAAAUAAAAAGCCUCUUACUUCUACAAUGGAGGAUUAUGACAAACUAGUUUCACACCCGCGUCGCAUUCGGCAUGAGUCAACUGUUGGUGCUGGUCUUCCGGUCAUUGUAUCCAUAAAUCGUGUAAUUUCAUCUGGAGAUGCUGUCCACCGCAUUGUUGGGAGUUUGAGUGGUACAUUGGGGUACGUAAUGAGUGAGGUAGAAGAUGGAAAGCCAUUGAGCCAAGUUGUUAAAGUUGCUAAAAGCUUGGGAUUUACUGAACCAGAUCCUCGUGAUGACCUUAGUGGAAUGGACGUUGCAAGAAAGGCUUUGAUCCUUGCUCGACUUCUUGGUUGGCGGAUUAACUUGGAUAGCAUUAAGAUUGAGAGCUUGUUCCCUAAAGAAAUGGGAGCCAAUGCAAUGUCUGUUGAAGACUUCCUGGACUCUGGGCUGUUAUUGCUUGAUAAGGACAUCCAAGAAAGAGUUACAAAGGCUUCUUUAAAUGGAAAUGUACUACGCUAUGUCUGUGUAAUUGAGGGAUCAAGGUGUGAAGUAGGCAUUCAAGAGCUUCCUAAGGAUUCUCCCUUGGGAAGGCUGAGAGGAAGCGACAAUGUGUUAGAGAUAUACAGCCGAUGUUAUAAUGAAAAGCCACUGGUUAUUCAAGGUGCUGGUGCUGGCAAUGAUACCACGGCAGCUGGAGUCCUUGCUGAUAUCCUUGACGUCCUGGAUUUGUUUCCUGAAUAAGUUACUUGUAUUGCAUAGAAGAAACUCAGGACUUAGAGAUGCCGGUACAAGUGUUCUGUCCUCUUAACUUUGUCUGUUUGUUUAUGCUGAGAAAAGGAUUGAUGUGCAUGCUCAUCUAGCUAAUUAAAGUACUGCUGGCUGGUCUGUGCGUGCGAUGCAUGGUUAGGUCCCUGGCAUCUUCCCUUUAUUAUAUUUCCAAGGCUGUGUGCGUGCUUGUUUUCCUCAUUGGAAUGACUUUAAUCUGCCUUCUGAAUUCGGAUAAUGAUGAUGCAAGAGUGCUUGACUACCUAAUUUAGUUGAGGAAAAUUGGGAAAUUUUAUCUGAUAUUUACUGACUAAUUGGCCGGGUUCUGUUAAUUCCUUGAGCUAUGUACAUGCUGCUAAAUAUGCUAUAGAUCAUAUUCUUGAUUUAAGACCGAAAGUAACCAUUGUUGUAAAUGAUGUGCAUUUGUAUAUACUAAGAAAAAACUGAGAUAUUGAGGAUGACAAUUGCUGUACUUUGUCUU